AUGGAUGUUAGUGCUACAUCCGUGGCGCAACUAAGCGUCGCCGACACUACUACUCGACCAAAGAAAUCGGGUGCUUUGGUAUCAAUAUUUUCAAGAGGCAGUUCAGAAGAUCAGUCGCUCAAACGAUGGAAACCAGCUGCACUCCGCGCACCAGUACUCAUCCUAACCAUACUAAUAUGCUGGUCUUUAAUCGCCGUAGUCCAAAUACUACUGACCCGGAGUCAGCAAAACCAAGGCAUAAUCUUCGCACCGAGAAUCAGCGAUUUACCCUUGAGCCGGACAUUUCUAUACUUGUACUUUCCAACUAUCGUCGCUGUAAUAUUCAGCAUGUACUGGGCCUGGAUAGACCUGGAGACCAAACGCAUGGAGCCGUACUACCAGCUCAGUAAGGAAAACGGUGCGCUGGGCAAAGACUCGAUACUGCUCAAGUACCCUUUCGACUUCUUGCCCUUGGUCCCAAUCAAAGCGGCUAGAGACAGGCAUUGGCCUGUUUUCUGGGCUUCCUUCGCAGUUGUUCUGGUGGCCUGGGGAUUAGUGCCUACGCAAGCUGGUAUCUUCUCUACACGAUCGAUUACACGCAAUGUCACCAUGCCGUUUGACCGCUCAACGGCGUUUGUACCUGCUAGCGAUCAGGCGUCGACGCUGACGCUGCGCUUUGCUCAGUCGGCAUAUGACAUUGCGGUGUUGAAUGAGACGCUUACUCAGUAUAUGAGCCGGAAUUAUACGCUCGCUCCGUUCCGACCUACAUCUGCUUCGAAACCCGAUAAUAAAACUGUGCCGUAUGGGAAUUGGACGGCGCCGACGACAAUGUAUAGUUUGGAUUUAUACUGCGAGCCUGCCGUUAUGAGCACUGAGCCGCUUAGUACUGGUGUCAUUGCCAACAGCUCUAAUGGAUGUUCUUUCAACCUGGGCCUAACUGGAAACCUUACCGAAGGCUUGAACAAGGUAUAUGGUGAUAACACCGUAUUGCGUAACAAAGAGUUUACGGCCAUGUUUGUGGGUUAUUGGAAUCCCUUUGGCUUUGCUGAUUACUCUCUGGAUCAAUACUGUCCGGAGACGAGUAACAGCACUUUCUAUGCAGCAAUACAGCGCAACAAAGCCAAGAGUACGGAUCCAGCUCAGAAUGUCACAGCGAUUUACUGUUGGCCGACUUACUAUCAACAAGAUGUAAUCGCAACUGUGGAUGCGGUCACGUUAGUGCCAUCAAAGGUCGAUCCUACCGGCGAGAAAAGGCCUCUACAGGAUGGUAUCUUCAACACCACCCUCUUGGAAGAGCUGAUGGACAGCAUCUCGAUUGCGCAAGAAGUAAGAGGCGAUCUACUACCAACCAAGGCCAUGCCUGAAUACUUCGAUCCUAUUGCACGAACGAACUUAAGUUUGAGUACUGGUCCCAAUGGUGCUGGAUUGGUACAGCCAAUGGUGGGUCUAGCACUGAGCGUCAGCAAUCGCCCUUUAGAAGAAUACCUAGACUGGAAAGUUUUGGCCAAAUCUUACGCCGAUGGCUAUAGACUGCUUUUUGCGCGAGCAAUGAGGGAAGUAUUGAACCAAGAUUUUCGCUCCGUCGAAACCGUUACCGGACGAGUGGUAGACAACACGGAAGCUGUUGUGCUUGAACCAGUGUUUGUAUACAUUGUGGAGGGGUUUCUUGGUGUACUAUCGCUGGCGACGAUAGCGUUACUAUAUCUCUCAAUGACCCGCAAAAAGCCUCUUCGCUCGAAUCCUAGUACUAUCGCUGCAAUCAUGUCCAUGGUUGCUGACAACGAGCCGCUACUGGCCGAUAUAGAAGGACUGGACUGUUGUAAGGCAGAAGAGAUCGAAGAGCACGUGGGCCAAAAGCGAUACAAGCUUGUUGAUGAUGGGACCUCUGCCGGUAUCGUCGAGCUUGGUCGUUCACCUGAACUUCUCAAUGGCAACAAUCAAUGGCCGCUUCCAACACAGCCACGUAAUACACUGACCGACAUCGCGAAGCCCGUCAGACCUACAGAAUUCAGUUUCUGGGUAGCUGGUCUGCUCGUCACUACCUUUUUAGCAUUAAGCAUUUUCCUCGCUAUAAUAUUUGCCAAGGCUCGAUUGCAAGCAGGCCUGCCCCUCCCUUCAUCCAACACGAUUGUACAGAAUUUGUUGGAGAACUACAUACCUACAGCCAUAGCCACGCUCAUCGAACCAGUAUGGCUUUUGUUCAACCGCUUGCUCUGCAUGCUACAGCCGAUCGAAGAACUCCAAGGCUGCAACGCGCGUGCGAAAAGGUCGAUCGAUCUUGACUACAGCUCUCUUCCACCACAGCUAGUCGUCUUCAAGGCCUUUAAAUCAAAACACUUCGUCCUCGCCGCAGUGUGUACAAUGGCAUUGUUAGCCAAUCUGCUAGCCGUCAGUCUUGCUGGCCUCUUCAACCAAAGCACUAUCGAUAUGAAACAUGUCAUUUCUACAACUCGCCCGCUUGAUUUCAAAUUCGUACCAAUCAAUGGCUCGAUUGGUCCUUUGGAUGGUCGAAAUUUCGGCGAUUUGCAAGCAUCUGGUGCUUAUCAGGGAGGUAACGGAGAAGAUCAGUUCUACGUUGCAGACUCGCACGUCAGAGAAGGCACAGCGUUACCUCCGUGGAUUGAUGAGACGAUGUUUUAUUUGCCAUUCAUACCAGAAGGUGAGCAGUCACCAAAAGACAAAGUGGAAGCAAAAACUAGAGCUAUUGGCGCAAAGCUCGAAUGCCAGAAUCUAGACUUUAAUGAGCAGUUCCAAGCUGGUCUAGUCAGCGAUCCAACUAUGAGUGGGGUUGUUUCGCCAUCGAUAAAUAUCACAGUCACUUCUUCUACCGGAAAACCUGUCCGGUGUACCAAGGUGGGCCAACACAUGCGCCAGGGCCCAAUUUCAUCCACGCCAGGCAGCUGCGUUACCGGACAAAGUGCAGCUGAGCUUGUGGCCAUUUUGGACCCCUCUGCAAAUGCGUCCCAAGCCGAUACAGACGUGUGCAUGGGGUCAAUUGUCAUGGGAUGGCUUCGAGACCGCGACGGCUCUUGUGGAGAAGUGAAGCCAAUGGUGCUGAACAAGCAAAACGCAGCUUUCGUUCAUUGUCGACCAAAACUAAUGACAGGAUUCGCAACUGUUCGAGUCGAUACCAGUGGUCGACUACAGCAGAAGGUACAAAAUCUGACAGUAGAUGAUCACGUUCCGAUGGAAACCUUCAGCAAUGACCCUGUCAAUCUCAUUGGCCAGUCGAACAGAUACAUCUUCAAGACCAUCAGUGCCGGAUGGCACAAUGACAGCUUCGCCGACGACUUCAUCAAUUACUUCAUCAGCCAUUCAGCCAAUAGUAGCCGGUUAGUCGAUCCCAGGCAAGGCCCACCCACAUUUGGGGACAUAGAGGGUCCCUUGAACAAAGCGUAUUCCCUUCUAUUUGCAAUCUGGAUGGAGACCAAUAAAGACAAGUUGUUGAUGCCCAGCCCAAGCCAGAACACACUGGCACCAGAAGGCUGGCGCAUAGAGCCGGAAACGCGCCUCUUCGUCUCGAUGCCAAUGUUUGUCAUUUCCGAGGUCAUUUUGUGUAUUUACGUUAUUGUUGCAGUCAUGGUGUACAUGCGUCGACCUGGUCGAUAUCUCGCACGGUUACCUACAUCGAUCGCUUCUUUGAUUGCCUUGUUCGCCGCUAGUGCAGCUGUUCAAGACAUGCGAGGGACGUCGUACUUGGAUAAAAGGGGCCGAGCUCGACACCUCGAGGAAGUGGACGCGAGGUACGGAUAUGGGAGUUUUAUUGGUGGUGGUGACGGGAGAGUUCAUAUCGGCAUUGAGAAAACACCGUUUGUGAGAGUCAGGUCGAAAGCCACUUGGUUUGAUAAAAAUGUUGCUUCUUGGCGACGGGGCUCAACCAGUUGA